AUGGCCACACGAGUAGUGCUCGAGGCCAUGGGUUUUGUUCUGUCCGCGGUCUCUCCAGCCGUUGUGGUGCCCAACAUGAUACGCCUGGAAGUGGCCGGUUGGGGCGUGAACCACGGUAUUCCCACACUCAUAAUGGCCGCCUCCAGCAUGGACGAUGUGGUGGCCAUUACGGGCUUCGGAGUGGCCCUGUCAAUUGCGUUCUCGAAGGGCAGUUUAGCUAAGGCCCUGUACAUGGGUCCCCUGGAGGUCGCUGCGGGUGCUGCCAUUGGUCUCUGCAUGGGUAUCCUUUUCUGGUUCCUCCCACCUCCUGGCAUGAAGUGCGGACCAUCUGCACAGAUCGCGUUGGCUAUCUACAACAAGUUCAAUGGUCUAGCACGCCGCCAACACAAACCAUUCACGCAGCGCAAGCCUUCACAGAAAUAA